GUAGACGUCUUCCUUUGAUCAAUUCUCAUUCCCCAUUUUCUCAAAAUUAAAGCCCGCACGAGCACACCAAAAAUAGCUCCAACCAAGCUUGUUUCUCACUAUGGAAACAUAUAAUUCUUCUUCUUCUUCUUCUUUGACAUCAUCAUCAAUGUACUCGAAGCAAUUCUCAGAAGAAACAAAGGGCUUGAAAAUGCCACAAUCUUACCAUUCAUCACUUCAUUCAAUCCGGAGAACCCAGAUGAAACCAUGGAAGAAACCAAUAGCACCAUUGCCACCAACCCCACCAAGAGUUUACAAGGUGGAUCCUAUAAACUUCCGAGACCUUGUUCAGAAGCUCACUGGUGCACCCAAGAAAGAGCCAGAGCCAGAGCCAGAGCCGCAGUCAAGGCUACAAAGCGUGGCACCUCCUCCACUUGAUCUCUUUACACCAACAUUAUUUGGUAGAGAAAGAGAGAUCGCAGCAGUACCCUUACAGCUCCUUCCUUCGCCUGCACAAACCCCACUGUCUGCCAGCUUGUACCAGGAGUUAAUGUAUGAAUCAUUGGAUGCAAAACCCGAGAGGAUGCCAGAAAGUAUAAUGUCUGUAUCAAGUUCCCUCGAAUUGAAUCUGUCACCAUCUUAUCAUGCUUGGUGUUCCUAUCCUCUUCUGAGCCCAGGAACUCUUUCCAGUAUUGAGCAAGGCACCGUGCUUUAGAUGUUACAUCCCCAUGACAUAUUUUACUUCCAGUACUGUUAGCACAAUUUCUUCUAGCUAGGUUGAAGCAGCUCUCAUACCCCAUUUCCUCCUUUCGUUUUUCUUUUAGGGAAUCAUUUCGUUUUUGCUUAAGCUGCACAGAGAUGCUGUUUAAAACCCUAGUUCUUUACGUUGUAAUUAAGAAAAUAUAUAUGGUGUCGGUUGAAUCCUAGCCAUUCAACUUCUUAAACACCAGAAUAAUCAUCAAUCAUGGAAGCCCUAGACUAUAUAUAACUAGGUA